UCCAAUGGUUACGAUAUAUAUUACGUUGACGGCAAAUCGUCGAUUUGUCACUCAUUAAAAAAAAUAACUUUGAUAGUUUCGGGCUGUGCGGGGGGCUGUGCUUCGUCUGUUAUUUUCAUCAAAUAUUUCAAUAGAAAUAUAAUUAUAAGUAGAAAUACUAUAAAUUAAGUAAAAUGGAUGAGAAAGGAAGAAAAGUUAUCGUUUGCGACAAUGGCACAGGCUUCGUGAAGUGUGGAUAUGCGGGGAGCAACUUCCCAGCCUUCAUUUUUCCGUCGAUGGUCGGCCGGCCGAUCAUCAGGGCGGAGAACAAGAUCGGAGAUAUUGAUGUUAAGGACCUAAUGGUCGGAGAUGAAGCGUCUAAACUCAGAUCCAUGUUGGAAGUCAGUUAUCCUAUGGAGAAUGGAGUGGUCAGAAACUGGGAGGAUAUGUGCCACGUGUGGGACUACACGUUCGGGCCCAGCAAGAUGAACGUGGACCCCAAGGAGACGAAGAUAUUGCUCACUGAACCACCGAUGAACCCCACCAAGAAUAGGGAGAAGAUGAUUGAGGUAAUGUUCGAGAAGUAUGAAUUUGACAGCGCGUAUAUCGCCAUCCAAGCAGUGCUAACGUUGUAUGCCCAAGGACUUAUUUCUGGAGUGGUCGUCGACUCAGGUGACGGUGUGACCCACAUAUGCCCAGUAUACGAGGAAUUCGCGCUGCCACAUCUGACGCGGCGGCUCGACAUCGCCGGCAGAGAUAUCACACGGUAUCUCAUCAAGCUCCUUCUACUCCGAGGGUAUGCCUUCAACCAUUCAGCUGACUUCGAGACAGUGCGCAUGAUGAAGGAGAAGCUCUGCUACAUCGGGUACAACAUCGAGCAGGAACAACGGCUGGCUUGGGAGACUACAGUGCUAGUCGAACCUUAUGUUCUACCAGAUGGUCGUGUGAUCAAAGUUGGAGGGGAGAGGUUUGAGGCUCCUGAGGCGUUGUUCCAACCGCACCUCAUCAACGUUGAGGGUCAGGGCAUCGCUGAGCUGGUCUUCAAUACCAUACAGGCUGCCGACAUAGAUAUGCGAAACGAGCUGUACAAGCACAUCGUGCUCUCUGGGGGCUCUACCAUGUACCCAGGCCUGCCCUCCCGCCUCGAGAGGGAGAUCAAACAGCUCUACCUCGAGAGAGUGCUCAAGAACGACUGCGAUAAGCUGGCUAAAUUCAAGAUCCGCGUGGAGGACCCGCCCCGACGUAAGGAUAUGGUAUUCAUAGGCGGCGCCGUCCUCGCCGAGGUCUGCAAGAACAGGGACAACUUCUGGCUCUCUAGGAACGAGUACCUCGAACAGGGUAUCUCCUGCCUAAGGAAGCUGGGUCCUCGCGCCAGUUAAUGACUGAAUCACAUACUUACUUACAUGUAUAUAAACGGCAAUGACGAUACUGAUAUACAUAAAUAAAACCUACACUAAUAUAUAAAUACACAAAUUUCAAUAGAUUCACACUAAAACUGAUUUAAUCUGUUCAAUUACCACUUCUACAGAUGUAAACGGUAUCAAUAAAAUACGUUUAGUAGUUAAUUACAUUUUACAGCUCGACUCGACUAGUUUCGAGUGACGCUUGGA